UUUGCAGUUAACUGUUCCGACAGAACAUCUUUGACAGGAGAGAUGCUCUCGAGGAGUAAAGCGUCUUCGGUUUUACCUUUCACCAUGGAAACAACCGAAUGCAGGUAGCACCAGGCACGGGCGCUUGUGUGUGGGCGCAGGGGGCUCCUUCAAGCAUCGGUGAGGACCAGUAUGCCGUGUCUCCCACAUGUCAUCCUCCGGAGCAGCUGGAAGUUAGAUGAGCCUCGGAGAGAGAAUGUGCAUCGGCUUUACAAACAAAUCUGAAAUGGUUUCUGUAAAUGCGCAGGAGAUGUAUUCAAAGAAGUCGCUUGGCACUUUGGACUGUUUACAAAUACCAGGACGCCUGUCUAGCCAAAUUUAGCUCACUUGUGGCAGUCAGACAUGCGGAUCUACAUGCAGGAAGCACAGCGCUCUUGAUAGUGGAUACUGUGGGGAGAGCGCAACUCUUUUGACCAGGUAUGGCAACAGCGGGACCUAUCUGAUCCAGUGUUUCUGACUGACCCAGAACAAGCUACACAUCACGGCUUCAUCCGGGAAGUAUCCAACAUGUCACUGAACCGAGUUUUCACAGAAACAGAGCAGCCCGGCGCAUUCGCAGCGAGCUGCUCUGAUGCGCUUCCAUCAGAACCUGGGCAAGUUGCGGGUAGGGCGCAAGAGAUGACGGUGGAGAGCGCGGGUUGUGGCUGGUGUCUUCCCCGGUUCAUGAGGCUCACAUUCUCCCCGGCAUCUUUGGAAAAACUCUAUCAGACAUACUUCCAGCGCCAGCGCCAGGAGACGUUGCUCGUCCUGUUGGUGUUCGCAGCGCUCUUUAACUGCUACGUCAUCAUCAUGUGUGCGGUGCUGUACACGGCAGACAAGCGCGGGACGGUGGUGGCGGCCGCGGUGGGACUGGCUGUGGACCUCGCGCUGUACGCCCUUUGCCGCUUCCGGCCACCCAAGGGCGUGGGCUUCCGCACGCUCAUGCCCUGUGCCACCUGGCUGCUGAUCACGCUGCACGUACUGCUGUACCUGGGCCUGAAUUUCGCGGGUUUUACGCAGGGCGGGGACGCUGUCGGGUGGCAGACGUUCUUCAGCUUCUCAUUCUUCCUAACGCUGCCGCUGCGCGUGUCUGCCAUUCUGCUGCUCACGCUCACCUCGUGCACCGUGCACACUGCUGUGCUGGCCGUCAACCUCGCGCUGCAGCACGCCGACAACCAGCACGCGACUGUGAUCGUCAGACAGCUCUUUGCAGACUGGAUGCUGUACGCGGGUGCAGUGUGUGUGGGCCUGGUCUCCUACUUCAUGGCUGACCGGUGCUACAGGAGAGCCUUCAUGGAGGCCCGGCAGUCUCUGGAGGUCAGCCUCACACUAGACGAUCAGAGCCAACAACAGGAGGAGCUAUUGUUGUCCAUUCUGCCAAAACACAUAGCAGAUGAGAUGCUGCAGGGCAUGAAGGAUGACCAGCCACAGAAAGACAUGCAGUUCAACACCAUGUACAUGUAUCGCCAUGAGAACGUCAGUAUUCUCUUUGCAGAUAUAGUUGGUUUCACUCAGCUGUCCUCAGCCUGCAGUGCUCAAGAGCUCGUCAAACUUCUCAAUGAGCUGUUCGCCCGCUUCGACACACUAGCAGAUGACCACCAUAAUCUGAGGAUAAAGAUUCUGGGUGACUGUUACUACUGUAUCUGCGGCUUGCCUGAGUACCGUGAUGACCAUGCUGCCUGCUCCAUACGCAUGGGCCUAGCCAUGGUGAAGGCCAUCUCGUACGUACGUGAGAAGACCGGUACAGACGUGGACAUGAGAGUGGGCGUGCACACAGGGACGGUGUUGGGAGGGGUCCUUGGGCAAAAGCGGUGGCAGUUUGAUGUCUGGUCUACUGACGUCACCGUUGCCAACAAGAUGGAGUCAGGAGGAAUACCGGGGCGUGUUCACAUCUCUCAGAGCACAUGGUCGUGUCUGCAUGGUGAGUUUGAGGUGGAGGCGGGGCAUGGAGGUGAGCGCUGUGAGUACCUGCUGGAGAAGGGCAUCGAGACGUACCUGGUGCUCGCCCCCGCCGAACACACACCCUCACACCCCAACGGCCUGGUGAAUGGCACCUCCCCUCAACUGAUCAGCACUAAGAAGAGCAGUGGGAGUGUGUGUUCAGUCCGCUCCACACACACACGCAACGGCAGCCUGCGUUCAGUCCGCUCCACACACAAACACAACGGCAGUGUGAAUGCUCUGCAGUCCACAUCUGCACACACCGAUGACCAGCUGGUGUCCUUGAGGGAGACGAAUGAACAGGAGCUGAACCGCCUGUUGCACAAAACUCUACUAGAGAGAGAGACGGAGGAGACUGCACAUGAGAAGCGUGUGAGUGGUGUGUCUCUGCGUUUCCAUGACGCUACCCUGGAGAUGCGUUACUCCGCUGAGGAGGAGACCCAGACGGGCAUCGCCUUCACCUGCAGCUGUGUGGUGCUGCUCUGCUGCUCUGCUAUGGAGAUCCUCAUAGAUCCACAGCUGGUGGUGAACUAUGUGACCCUUGCUAUCGGGGAAAGCCUCCUGCUCAUCCUCACCAUCUGCUCACUGGCCGCCAUCUUCCCUCGACUGUUCUCUGAGAGGCUGGUCUCCUUCUCUCUCUGGAUUGACCGCACUCGCUGGGCUCGGAACAUUUGGGCGGCGGCGGCAAUCUUUGUGCUGACCAUGGCUGAGGUGGCCGACAUGCUGAGUUGUGUGCCACCAUCCCUCGUCCUGUUGAACAGCACCUCUGGUGUGUCACUGGGGUUGCUAGGCGAUGGUGGAUGCGCAGAGAACCCCAAACACUACAGCUUCAUGGCGGUCCUGUUGCUCGUGGCAACCACCAUGCUGGUGCAGCUGAGCCACAUGAUCAAACUGGCCCUCAUGCUGCUAGUCGUCGUGGCAACUGGUGCCGUCAACAUCUACAGCUGGAGGGACAUCUACGACAUCUAUGACUUCAUCCGUUACCUGGACUACAGGACUUCUGUGGUGCCCUCUAAGUACUUGAUGACUGUGAUGAUCAUCAUUAUGAUGCUGAGUCUCUACUACUUUACCCGACAUGUGGAGCGGCAGGCCCGUCAGCUGUUUGUGUGGCGUGUGGCGGCACGCGGGCAGAAGGAGCAGGUGGCAGAGAUGCGGCGCUGCAACGAGGCCCUCGUCAUCAACAUGCUGCCUGAACACGUGGCCAAACACUUCCUGGGCACCAAAAAGAGAGAUGAAGAGCUGUAUAGCCAGGCCUAUGAUGAGAUUGGCGUUAUGUUCGCUUCCAUCCCUAACUUCUCAGACUUCUACACUGAGGAGGGAAUCAACAACGGAGGCAUUGAGUGUCUGCGCAUCCUCAACGAGAUCAUCUCAGAUUUUGACAGUUUAUUGGACAGGCCUGAGUUUUUCAGCAUCACUAAGAUCAAGACCAUCGGCAGCACCUACAUGGCAGCAUCUGGGGUCAGUCCAGAGAGCAACACCAACGGAUACACCAAAUGCAAGAAAGAUGAGUCUAUAAAGGACCGUUGGCAACACCUGGCAGACCUGGCAGACUUUGCUUUGGCCAUGAAGGUCACUCUUACCAACCUCAACAACCAAUCCUUCAACAGCUUCAUGCUACGCAUCGGCUUGAAUAAAGGGGCAGUGUUGGCUGGUGUGAUUGGAGCCCGAAAGCCACACUAUGACAUCUGGGGGAACACAGUCAACGUGGCCAGCAGAAUGGAGUCUACUGGUGUGAUGGGGAACAUUCAGGUGGUGGAGGAUUGCUAUGACAUCCUGAAGGAGUAUGGCUUCCGAUUUGUGCGGCGAGGGCCCAUCUUUGUGAAAGGAAAAGGAGAACUCCUCACUUUCUUCAUGAAGGGCAAAGACACCCCAGCCAACGGCCUCAAAACUACACUGCCACACCAAGUCUUGCACCAGUCCUGACACACACACACACACACACACACACACACACACACACACAAACAUAACUCACACAAACGUAGGCUACACAUCACAAUCCCCAGACAUCUGAUUCCUCCCUGUGUCUACAUGUAGCAUAUCUAGAAUUACUUAAGUUCAGCAUCCAUAUUCUCUAGAAAUCUCUUGAAGAGGCAUAGAUGCAGAUAAUUCACACAACAUAUUAACCUCCCUCUGUCCCUCUAUACCAUGCUUGGGUUUUGUAUUAUUUUAGAUAUUAGUACUUUCUGGGAUUUGUACUUAAGUUUAAAAUUGAUUUAAAAAAAAAAUACAAAUACAAACAACAGUUGUUGCGCUUUGUCCUCUGUUCCUUUUAAAGUGGAUGUGGGUGAUGUAGACUUUGGUCUUUAGUCAACAUGCUGGUGACUCUAAUCUGAAAUAAUCUCAAUGUCUGUAUGCACAGUAAAUAGCGCUCUAUGCGAUACACUCAGAAGACAGGGGUCACACCAACCACCAGAUUAUCAGAUGUUUGAUCAACAAUCCCCUCUCAUGCAGGCCAGUGUUCAAGUGUCAUCUUACCGAAUAGAUUUCCCAUUGUGUAAAGUAGAUAAGGGUGUUCUGUAAGCGAUUCUGAAUGUAUCCAGUUGUUAUUUUUGAAUUUUAUGAUCGAGAGGCCUGUCUGAAACGUGGUCGUUAUACGCCGCCUAGUGGCGAGAGUAGCCGAAUUUACCCGGAAGACGGAUAGUAUAGGAAUUUCCGGUGACGUCAGCGCGUCUGGACGCCAUUAGGGCUGCAGCUGUUUAGAGGAACAACAACAGACCUGGAGAGACAGGCGAGACUAGCGGA